AUGAGUGAUAAGUCAACCCUUCUAGAAGCCUUGAAAGCCGAUCAUGAUGGUCAGGUUCGACUACUGCAGGCAUUUGUCCAAGCUGCAUCUCCCAAUCCACCAGGAAAUACCACAGCGGCUGCCAACGUCCUCACUCGGUAUUUGUCCGAUUUAGGUAUCCCAUAUACAAUCAGCGAGCCACAGCAAGGACUACCUAAUGUUGUCAGCGAGUUCCAAGGUGGAAAAGGGUCGGGCCCACGCGUUGUUUUAAAUGGCCAUAUUGAUGUCUUUCCGGUGACAGCCGAUGCAAGUGGCUGGAAGCGUGAUCCUUGGUCUGGUGAUGUUGAGGAUGGUCGUAUUCACGGCAGAGGAGUUGUUGAUAUGAAGUCUGGCACAGCCUCACUGGUGAUUGCUUAUGCUCAUCUCUACGCUCGAAGAGAGUUUCUCCGUGGAAGUGUUGCUCUUUGUGCUGUGUCUGAUGAAGAGACGGGCGGUCGCUGGGGAACAGGCUUCCUCAUCAAGCAGGACCGAGAGCGAUGGGGUGGAGACGUCAUGCUGGGUGCAGAACCGACUGGUCAGACAAUCCGGUUUUCAGAAAAGGGAACUUUGCGACUUUCUGGAUCUAUCGCCACUAGAGGAGCACUUGGACCAUAUUUGAACCUGAGCAAGGGUGCCAUACGAACUGCUACUGCCUUCCUCAACGAUGUCGUGAACGCUGUUGAAUCUAUAACUCCGAACCCACCACCUGAGAUUGGGAAACAUCUAAAGGAUCCCGAUACAUUGAAAGCCGUGGACAAGGCAAUGGGCCCAGGUACAUCUACGAUUAUUGCUCUACCGACUGUAAACAUUGGAACCAUUGCAGGCGGUGUCAAAGUCAAUAUGAUACCUGAGAGCUGUAUUUUCGAGCUGGAUAUUCGCUUGCCAGUUGGGCUGGUGGCGGAUGAAGUGAUGGGUGUGAUCGAAUCUAUGGUGCCUCGUUAUCCCGAUGCUACAAUAGAGUUCAGGCGACAAGAAGCUGCUAGCAACCCGAGUAGCUUCUCGCGCAUUGAUCACCCUAUUAUUAAGCAUCUUCAAGAGAAUGCCAAUGCCGUGGGCGGAUUCCAUCCAAGGCUUAUUCCAUCUAUGGGUGCUACGGAUGCCAAGCAUUAUCGUUAUGCUGGCAUACCCGCUUAUGUUUAUGGCUGUAGUCCAUACAGCAUGGCCGCGGUAAACGAAUCCGCUUCAGUGGAUGAGUUUCUUCACGUUACUAAGGUUCAUGCUUUGGCUACAUGGGAUUUACUGUCUUGA